AUGAGCGCGACGAUGUGGGAACGCCUCGUGGCGGACGAGGUGCGGCUGCUGGAUUCACAUGGAAAAGACGCCGAAGGUCCGACCUCUCCGGAGGAAGCUGCCGCAGACCCCUCAGGCGCAAAGCAAAGUGCGGCUCCUUCAGCUGCCGAGGACAAGACGGGUGCCGACGGAAAGGGUUUCCGAGCGAUCCUGGACCUGGAGUGCCUGAAGCAGCCGUUCCUCGGCAUCCGCCACUACCCGGCUGGGGGAUAUGAGUUUCGAAAUGGUCACUCCACGAAGUUUCCCAGCAUCCCUGUAGAAGAGGGCGAGACCGACAUCGAAGCAGCGUACCGAGUGGCCUCAGAGCGGCGCACUGCUGGCCGUGAGGCCUUCGGGGAUGGGACCAGCGUGGUCUCUGCCCAGGCAGCUGUGGACUAUUGGGGCCAGGGAAUUCUGGCCCUCCACCGCCUCCGGAAUCUAAACAAGAGGGCUUGUGCUGAGGGCGCUUCAACCCCGUUGGAGUCUCCGUCGGCGGAGGAUGUCAACGAGUUAGACCUGGUGCUGAGGCUAAACAUCGCCCAAGCACUGCUGAAACUCAAGCAGUAUGAAUGUGCCGUGAGUCACUGUGAUGCUGCCUUGGAGAUCAAUCCCCGCAACGUCAAAGCCCUCUGGCGGAAAGCUAAAGCUGUGUGGGGUCUCCGCUGCCCUGGCGAGGCUUUGCAGGCGCUUGAGGACUUCCUCAGUGUGGACCCCGGGAAUCCGGCCGCCCGGGCCAUGCUCAAAGAGAUUGAGACCGAAGAGCAAAAGCGGAAGGCAAAGCGUGUGGGUCCUGGAGCUGCGCUCCGAACUGCCCCACGACCUUCCCAAGCUCCAGCUGCAAACGAUGCCGCUGAAGCUACGGGCGCCUCUAGAGCCGCAGAGCCGAGUGAGACGGCGAAGGCACCGAUGUGGAGUAUUGCCCACGGCUGUGGAUCGAAGGCUGCACGCAAGGCUCAGAAGGCCCGCCGCCGCCCUCAGAAGCGGCGCGUAAGUCGGGGCUCCACGCCCUCCUCCCCCGAGACCAGGGCAGGAAGCCCACGCACACGUGGCAUCAAGCGAGACCUCGAGCAGUCUGGGAACGGGCUUCGAAUCGCGGAGAAUGGCCAUUUCUCUACAAAAGGAGCAGUCAAAGCAGCUGUACCCGCGACGAUCCUGCCCAUCAAGCCAAUCUCGGCGCACCUGGCCAACAUAAAGGCUGUACUUAUCAACCUGGACAGAAGGCCAGACCGCCUGGCAGAAUGCUCGAAGCGGUUGGAAACGCAUUGCCCUUGGUUGCAGUACAACCGCAUGCGGGCCAGCGACGGCAAAAUCGACACAAUUACCUCAGAGGAAGUCUCCAACUCGUGGCACACUGGCCGCAACGUCGUCUAUCAGAAGAUCCGGUCCCGAAGAAAAGGUUGGGAUGAUCUGCACACAUACGUGAUUCGGGAGCUCCCGAUGAGUGCCGGUGAAAGAGGCUGCGCCUCCUCGCACAUUCGGGCAUGGCGACACUGCAUCGAUAUUUGCAGUCCAUCACAGCCCCUGCUUGUGUUCGAAGAUGAUGCAGUUCCCACCCAGGAAUUCACCGAGGGCCUGUCGCGAGCUCUCGCUUCCCUGCCAAGCGACGCAGACGUGCUGUACCUGGGCUACUCGCAGGCAGCCGAGUGGCGGCGGCACGUCUCUCCAGAGCUGGUGGAGGCGGAGUACGUGUGGACCACUGUGGCGUACAUGGUUUGGCCGGAAGGAGCUCGCAAACUACUGUCCAAGCUCCCGGUGAACCAGCCCGUGGACAACUUCAUGGCGACCCUUUGCGCCGACGGAGACAUCAAGGCCUACUGCAUGCGGCCAAAGAUCGUGCACCAGGCAGACGGCUGGAACGUGGUGCGCCCAGCCAACAUCGCGGCCCGAGCAGUAACAUCAAGUCGGGGAUAA